UAAGGCUUGACUUUUUCUUUGCAAAUCGCACAUCACAUCUUCUUUUCGCCAAGGAAGGUCCUCUGUCAAACAAGCAAAAUGUUUUCUUUAAAAUCUAUCAUACUCAUCGCCGCGGCCUUCGCCGUCGGAGCUGAAUGCAGCGUCGCCGUGGCUGCUCCCCUGGUCGCACCAGCUCACGUGGGCUACGCUCAAACUAUUCCCCAAAAUAUCCCUCCAUAUGCGUCGCAAGUCAGCGUGGUCAACAGGGCCUUGAGCCCGCUGGUGGCUAGCCCGUUUGCCGCUCCGUACUUCGCUGGACCUGCCCCGUAUGCUGCGUACGCAGCACCGGCUGCUUACGCUGCGGCGCCAUUAGCAGCACCCGCUGCGUAUGCCGGCCCCGCUGCGUAUGCUGCCCCCGCUGCGUAUGCUGCCCCCGCUGCGUAUGCUGCUCCCGCUGCGUAUGCUGCACCCGCUGCGUAUGCUGCCCCCGCCGCCUACGCUGCCGCCCCCUUCCCUUAUGCCCCCGCGGCACCUAUAGUCCGAGCUCCCCUCGGUGUUGCCCCGGCGUUUGUGCGAUAGAUUUAAGAAAACACGACUGACCUUCCUAUAAUAUAGAUAAAGAUUCACUGGUUAUUGACGUCAACAGAUAAUUAAUAAUUAAAUUAUUUGCGUCAAAAACAAGUGCCU